AGGUUAUUUCACUGAUAAAUAAUGGGGUAAUUGAAGGUCAUGUCAAGAAAAAUAGUAAUAAUCCAAUAAAAUUAUGUUGCAUCAAGACUGCAUAUCAAUAUGCAUAGAAUAACUUUUAGAUUCACAAUCAAAUAUUUAAUUUCUUGGUAUAACUAAAUUAAAAAUUUUCCCGUCGUUAUUACUAGUAAAUCAAUUAUGUGGGUUUUUGGAUACGGAUCUUUAAUCUGGAAAGUUGAUUUUCCUUAUGAGAGAAAACUUGUUGGACAUAUUAAAGGCUAUGUAAGAAGAUUUUAUCAAAAAAGUACAGAUCAUCGAGGCAUUCCAAGUAAACCAGGUAGAGUUGUUACAUUACUAGCUUCUAACAAUUCUGAAGAUGAAGUAUGGGGAAUUGCUUACAAAAUAGCUGCAGAGAAUGUUGAUAGUGUUGUAAAUCAUCUAGACUUCAGAGAAAAAGGUGGAUAUAAAAGAAAAACUGUUUUAUUUUAUCCCUGUGACCCAUCGAUAAAAAAUCAUCAUCAAUCAUCUUCUACCAAUGAUACCAACAUAUCAAAUGAGGUUUUUAUACAAAACGCUCUAAUUCACAAACAAUCUAACGGUGAAAAAGAAGAUGACGAAACUACGGAAGAGAAACCAUUCUACCUCACUAUUUAUAUUGGAUCAGAAGAUAAUCCAAACUUUGCUGGAACAGAGACAUUGGAGACAAUUGCCAAACAUAUAGUUAAUGCGCAUGGCCCUAGUGGUACUAACACAGAAUAUUUAUAUAAACUUGCAUCUGCUAUGAAAGUGAUCGCACCAGGUGUUAUCGAUGAUCAUUUAUUUUCAUUGGAACAGGCUGUGAAAAAAUUAGAUGAUGAUAAAACUACUGAAAAAGACAACGACUGAUUAAUUCUACUAUAGUUUUAAAAUGAACGAUGAAUUUUAGAUUAUCACUAAAAUCAUUUUCGUUCAACACUAAGACCAGUCCAUUAAGCGAUAAUGAAUUUUUAAUAAGCUAAUUAUCUAACAAAGAAUACUCUACAAUUUUGGACAUUGAAACAAACUUAAAAGGUUCUUUUUAUAAAAUAAUAUAUUUCACACUUGAGGAGGAAAUGUAGACUAGCUUAAAUUAUGUAUAAAAUUACUAAAUAAGCUGAAUAUUAUUUUCGCCGAAUUAAAUACUAUUUAUUCCAAAUUUUAUAAAUAUGUGAAUAUUUAUUAUUUUAAUAAUAAUAAUGAAAUACUAUAAAUAGUUAGAAGAAUAUUAAAUAUGUUAAUUCAAAUGUUUUUGUUAAAUAUAGUCCAAUCAAACUUAUUCUUGGAAUGCUCGAACUAAUGUCCGAGAUUAUUUUUCUUAUAAUACUUUAAAAAUUCAUUAAUUAAUUUGUUAAAUAUUGUCGCACAAAUUAAUUGGAAAUAUUCAAAGUAUUGUACGAAAAUGACCUCGGAAAUGAGUUCGAGUUAUUCAAGAAUAAGCUUGAUUGGAUUAAUAGAAUAGAUUACAUUUGGAAACGAUUGUCACCAAAAAUUUGAUAUUUUAUUUAUGCUUGUAAAUUGAGAUAUAAAUUGUUUAAUAAAAUAUUUAUUAUAAUA